AUGACGGCCCUUCGCCGGCUGCACGAGGCAGAGUCCGGGGGGCCAUUUAGCAUUCUCAUCGGCACCAUACUCUCCGCCAGGACAAAGGACGAGCGCACCACGGAGGUGGUGGGGCGGCUCUUUGCCCGGUACAAGACGGCCGAGGCCCUGGCGGGAGCCAGGCUGGAGGACGUCGAGGAGAUAAUCCACUCCAUCGGCUUUUACCGCGUCAAGGCAAGGAGGAUAAUCGAGGUCGCGUCCAUAAUCCACUCCCAGUUUGGGGGCCAGGUUCCUGACGACAUAGACACGCUGGUGGGGCUGCCCGGCGUGGGAAGAAAGACCGCAAACUGCGUCCUGGUGUAUGCCUUUGGCAAGCCGGCCAUUCCGGUGGACAUACAUGUGCACCGGAUCUCAAACAGGCUGGGCAUAGUGGACACCCGGGCGCCCGAGGAGACAGAGGCCGCAUUGAUGAGGAAGAUCCCCAAGAAGUACUGGCUUGAGAUCAACGACACCUUUGUCAUGUACGGCCAGAACAUCUGCAAGCCCAUAACGCCCAUGUGCGACGUCUGCAGGAUCAGGGGCUCGUGCCGGUACUACAAAACUAGGCGGAGCGCUUCUUCGUGA